AUGGAUGACGCGCCAAGCCCGGCAACUUUUUUUACACGCACAUGUCAAGACAACACACAACUUCAAUUAGCCAUCAUGGCCUCCCACACUGCCGCUAAGAGGAAGCCUCCAUCUGGUCCCCACGGGGCAACGGGGCCAUCUCGCAAGCGCGCCAAAACCUACGAUGCGCGCACCCUGGCUGCGCAGUCGGCAGACGCCGCCCUCUCCGCAACGGGCGAGCUCGAUGUCGCGGCGUAUUCGGCCGCCCGAGCAUUCGAGAUACAGGCUCUGGAGGAGGGAAUGCAACGAUCUAAAAAUGCACUUACAACGCGAGCCUUUCAGAAAGUGCCCCGCGCGCUGCGGCGGCGGACGGCGAGUCAUAAUGUGAAGCGUGUUCCGCGGAGGUUGAGGGCACGAGCCAAGCGAGAGAUGGCCGAGGAUAAUACACCUACUGUUACAGCUCGCAGACGCAAACCAUCCCAGCUCAUGCGCAUUCGACUCGAUACCGCCCGGCGACUGCAGGCUCUCAACUCGAAAUCUAAAGCCCGACGGGCAGCCGCGAAGCUAAAGAGGGACCAAGAAAAUAAGACAACGCUGGAGAAGGAGGGGGGCCAUGCGUUUGAUAUUGCACCGCGCAUUCCCAAGAUCAAGAAGAACAAGCUGUCGAGGCCGACGCCGGCGGAGGCUAAGUUCCGCAAGCGCCAGAAGUGCAAGACUUGGCUGCCAACGCACCUGUAUCAUGCGAAGCGAGCCCAUAUGGCGACGACUAAAAAUCCGAUCUGGCGCUUCGCAAUUCCCUUGUCCCCCACCGAGAAAUGCUAUCGGCCUACCCACCGGGCUCGAGGUGCCAGGGGUGCCGUGGCGUGGGACAUGAGUUAUAUGUCGACCAUUCAGUUAGAAGGUGUGGAAUCAGGUAUCCAGGCUGUUCUUCAAGCAGUAGGUGUCGAUGGCGACACUGCAUGGGGGGCAAAAGGAAAGAAAUGGAGAGCUGGGACUCGAUCUCUACAGGCUUGGACUGUUGAAAAGGACUGCCGUGAACGACCGAUUGCACCAGUGACCGUGGUCUGGUGUGCUAAGCAAGAAGACGUUGAGAUGGUUGAUGCCGACAAAUCUCAGUCGAAGUCAUCGAGGAAAGACCACCGAAAGCUCUGGAUAAGAAUCCACCCUUCGGCUUUCCUUCAGCUAUGGACAGAUAUCCUUGAGAUAGCCAAAAGACAGAAUCCUCCUGUUAUGGUUGAGGACCUGCGAUUCGAGAUUGGAAGCAUUGAAAUCACAGGGCCAGGAUCUACCGAAACCCUGCUGGCAGCAUUGAAGCCAAUCGUCGGGCUAGAGGGCAAUGCCCCAGCAGCACAGAGCCCGGAAGCUGUCUGGCCGUCUCUUUUGGGGGUGUCUAAUCCGUCUUCGCUGCCACAUAAUGCCCUUCUCGCUUUUGAUGUUUCCGACCCUCGCCUGCACUUCCCGCCUCGCACACUUCACGUCCCCGACAAUGAAUCACACAUGGUUGACCUUGCUACUACACUUUCUACAUGGCACCCGGACAAAACACAGGGUCCCUCGAAGCUAUUUGACCGAUCCACUCGGCUGAAAGCAGCCCGUCAGCUCCCAAGCCAAAAGGCCAUCAACCGGCGCCGCACUCUCGCUGGUCCCGGUAAAUAUCCGUCCGCCCAACCAUCAGACCCCCAAAUUCCAAUCAUGAUACUCGCAAAUAAGCGACAAGCCCGUGCCAAACACAGCAGUGCGCCUGGGUCCUGGACUGUGCUAUUACCCUGGAAGUGCGUUGUUCCAGUCUGGUACUCACUCAUGUUCUACCCACUAUCCAGCGGAGGGAAUCCACUACUUGGUGGCCUGAAACAACAACAGCAGCUUGCCUUCGAAGCAGGCGAAGCUUGGUUUCCCGGAGAUUUCCCGGGAACACGCGCUGGCUGGGAAUGGAACCAGCGAGAGACCGAGAAAUCGCGACGUGAAUGGGAGCGACGUCCCAAGGGGCGCCGUCCAGAGUUCGACAACAUUCUGCUGGGUGCCGGUCAUCCAAAGGGCGAAAUAGGCCACGGGUGGGCCUGUGACUGGGAGAGGCUUCUUCAAGGCCCCAAACAGGUUGAUGGUACGGAAAAGACCGCCGAUGCCAAUAACAAAAGCAGCUCAGACAAGAAGACAAUUGAGAAAAAGGAAGAUGACGGCGAUAUACCCAGCCCUGUCGUUCCGCCGCUCAAUAUUCACAAUGUCCGUUUCGGUCCGGUUGAUACCAACUCAACAUUGAGUAAGCUCGACAAAACAACCGUCGAUGUUUCCACUCUUGCGACGGUCUAUAUAUCUCUCACCACGCGGGGCACGCCGACACCCCAUGCACGCAUCUACCGGCUACCUACAGAUCCAGUGCUACGCCAGGAAUGGCUUGAUCUCGGUGCGGCACGUACUAAGCAGCCCAACCAACCCAAGGUCUACAAGGCGAGGAACGCUGAACCCGGAUCCGAAGAGGCUCGACGUCUUCUUGCUGAAUCUUUAAUCUCGUCUGUUGAUGGACAUCAAGUCUCUGAGCUUUGGGAGGUGCCCAAAGAAGAGGAUCUGAUUGGUUUUGUCACUACUGGAAACUACAACCUUUCAGAAGGCAAAGGCACAGGAAUUGGGUCUAUCCAGCUAUCGAAGGUAUUGGCUCCUAAUGUCAAGCUCUCUGAGAGAAAGAUGUGUAUUAUUCGGGCUGCUGGGGAGAAGAGCGGACGGUUAGGAAUGUGGGAGUUUGUAUGA